UACCACACGCUGGCUGGAUACUGUGUUCCUUUUUUAAACUUUUUUUUUCGGAAGUUGCAAAAUUUGGUGACUAGUGUUGUGAAUUGACGGCUUGUUUCUUCCGUGCUUUGAGUUUUGAAAUAAUAAGAUGGCGCGUUGGUGCGCUAUACUAGCACUGUGCGCGUUGGCGGCGGCGGCGUGUACUAACGCAUCUGAAGCGCAGUCGGCUCAGGCGAGACUACAACAUAUACGCAAACGCGCUAGGAGUGCCGACCUGUCUCCGGCCAAGCAGGCGGAAGUCGAUGAGAUGGUCAGCAACCUUCUCCAAUGGAUUCAGGGCUUUUAUCAACAGAGGAACAGAAAAGCUCGCCAGUACUUCGGGGGAAAACCCGAAAGACCAAGGCCAUUCGAACCAGCUAGCUACCUGCCGCCAUAUCCACCAGCAGGCCAGCGACCGACACCUUCAUACAACGAAGGGCCCUCGCCGUCCUACCAGCCCAGCCAACCAUCACCGAGCCCGUCAUUCCCGUCGCCAACUCAACCAGAACAGCCAUCCUACCAACCCAGCCAACCUCCCUACCAGCCAAGCCAGCCUACCCAACCACCAUACCAACCAAGUCAACCGAGCCAGCCUAGCCAACCGUCUCAACCUUCAUACCAGCCUAGUCAGCCCACUCAACCGAGUUACCAGCCUAGCCAACCAGGGUAUCAACCUAGUCAGCCCACCUCGCCCCCGUAUCAGCCCAGCCGACCGAACAAACCCGAUGACACCACUCUCCCAACCUAUGAAGAACCCGAGCAGCCUCAGGAACCCCAACAGCCACAGCGACCCCAAGAGCCGCAGCAACCGCAGCAGCCUCAACAGCCUGACACUGGCAGCGACGGUUCAUCAUCAUCCCAAACUCCUGCAGUGCCCGAUGAUGAGGACCGCCACCCUCCGCACAUCCACGCUAUCACUGUCGACUGCGGUAAAGAAAUGAUGACCAUUAACAUUGAAUUCAACAAAGUUUACAACGGAAUAAUCUACUCCCAAGACCAUUAUAAUGAGCCUGAAUGCGUAUACGUUAGAGAAAACUCGGGUCAAAUAAAAUACUCCUUCACGGUCAGCUUAAACACCUGUGGAACUAGGUUCUUCAGCGACUUUGAGAACGAAGGUCAGGCAUACUUGGAAAACGUGCUGGUGCUACAAAACGAACCUGGCAUUCAAGAAGUUUGGGACCACAUUCGCCGCGUCAGGUGCCUAUGGGAGGGCAACCUUACCAAGCAGCUGGUAUCUUCAUUAAGCGUCGGUAUGCUGAACCAGAUUACGAGCAACUUCAGUGGCGAUACUGCCAUGGCCCGUCUAGACAUCCAGAUAGGACGUGGUCCAUUCGCGCCUGAAGCCAACGGCUUGGUCAAGAUUGGAGAAAUCAUGACACUAGUCGUCACAGUAACUGGUGAUGCCGGCUUUGACAUAUUCGUCCGAGAGUGCGUGGCUCGCGAUUCCGAGAACCGCCACGUGGUUCCGUUGACUGACAGCAACGGCUGUGUGCUGAAGCCUAAGAUAUUCGGUGCCUUCCAGAAGACUAGAGAUACUGGGAAUACUGGAGCGUCGAUUAUAGCGUACGCAUUCUUCAACGCGUUCAAGUUCCCUGAUGAAAUGGAUUUGAUCAUCCAGUGCGAUGUGGAGCUGUGUAAGACGGAUUGCGACGCGUGCCCCAACCCUGGUAGUAUCGAGCCCAGGAGGCGAAGAAGAGAUAUCAUUCAUUUCGGAAACAGGACAUAUGAGCCUUCGACUACCAUCGCAAAGGGCUUGAGAGUAGUAUUUGCGGAGGAUUUGCCAAAGGACAACGACAAUUUCUGUAUAUCCCCCACGGCUGCCAUGUGGGGUAGCGUGUUGGUACUCUUCGGUUCAUUAAUGACUAGCUUAGCAGUAUCCUACCUCUGGCAGAGAGCUCGGGGUUCAAGCAAGUUUUUAUAAAAACCGCCAAGUUUAGAAAUCUAAUUUAAUUAUAAUGCGAGCGUUUUAGUCUGCGUUGCUAUAACUUGUUUCUUAAUUUAUUUGAUCCAUAAUAAUGUCAUCUUUUAUGUGAGACAACGAUUCUGAAGUAUUAUUGUGAUUUUUUUUUUUUACGAUUUUUUUACGUACCUAACACGUUAAAUAGGUCUGCUGUACAGAUGUAGGGUUUUAAAAAUAUUUUAAGUUUAGGAAGGCUUAUACUAAAACAUAUUAUUUAACACUGCCAUUAAAUAAGAUUUCCUAUGUAAAUCAACUAACAAUAUCACAAAAAACUUGCGUGUGAUUAUGUCAUUCAAAUUUUCUUCUAUUUUCGUACUUAAUAUUGUAAAUAUUAGAUAGGUCUUUACAAAACAUAAAGUAUAUAAAAAAU